AAAAAAGAUGAGAGUCAUAACGCUGAGAAUAUUCUCUUCGAAGUUCCAACCUUCCAAGGCACGAUUCAAAUCAUGAUCUACAACCAUGGAAGGGUACAGCAGCAAGGUUCGCGUCUGUCUCACCUGCUGUUCAGUCUCCCGUGCUUCGUUCUAUGUCGGUCUCAUCACCUGCUCAUGCAGGGCACGGCCUAUAGUUCUUGGGUACGAUCUUGUCCUAUGCGAGUGGGUUGGAAUGUCCAAUCUCAAAAAAGCCAAAGUUCCAGCCAUCUUGUGCGAACCCCUUGCGUGUUUGCUUUUUCCUUCUGGCCUGAUCAAAGCGUCCAAUCAAUGAAUUUAAGCUAGCUUGUUCUCUUCCACCAAUAGCAUGAGCACAAAACAAUCAAUAAAUCUCGUUCA